UCCAACAUAAACUUAAGAAAAAAACAACCGAUGAUCGUCUUGGUGGUUUCCCCACUAAACUCCCUAAUACAAGACCAGAUUUCAAAUUUGAGAAGAGUAGGCAUAGCUGCGUGUACUAUCAAUAUAUCAGGUACAAAAGGAAUGACAUAUAAUGAAGCUGGCGGUGAUGAAGUUUCUAGUGACGAUGAGGAAGGAAACAAUUUGGAAGACAGGGCAGUCCUGGAAUGUGAUGUGCCGUUUGACAUGAUUGAAAAGGGUGCCUACAAAAUAAUAUAUGCUCAUCCGGAGACAUUCCAAAAAACAAAGUUUGCUCAAGUUAUUAGAAGGAAAGUGUAUCAAGAACUUGUCUGUGCGGUUGUUAUUGACGAAGUUCAUAUGAUAUCUGAAUGGGGAGAUGACUUUCGUCCGGCCUUUAAAAAGCUUGGUGAGCUUAUUUGUGUGUUUGAUGGAAGCAGACAUCUGGUAUUAACAGCUACGGCAACACCUGCAGCAGUAAAGAGCCUAGUCAAGUUACUCAACUUUAAAGAUCAUGUCGUAGUCUCCGCUAAUGUUGAUAGACCCAACAUCUACAUCGAAAUCUGCAAAAGAUUACCAAACAUUCAUAAGUUUGAAAAGCUAGAUGGAAUAAUUCAGCCAAUCGCUGAAGAACUGAAGGAAAAACAACACGAUUUCCCAGUUACUAUAAUUAAUGUGGAUAACUUGGAGUCAUUAGGAUAUUUCUACCAGUUUGUUUCAUACCAUCUACAAGAAAAGGGCUACAAAGGUGAACAGAUUCCACAAAAUCGAAUCUUUGGACAAUAUCACAAGGAUUACCCCGAUGACAUGAAACAGUUAAUUAUUGGAGAACUAGUGAAACCAAAUCCCACUAUACGUCUUGUUAUGGCCACAGUGGCUCUUGGUAUGGGCAUUAAUGCGCCAAGUGUUGAAAGGAUAAUACACUCUCGGCCACCCACAACAUUAGAAAAGUAUCAACAAGAGAUAGGGCGUGCUGGUAGAGCUGGUCAACCUGCCCAUGCCAUCAUGUAUUACAACAACAGUGAUAUUGCUAAAAAUAGGAAAGGUUUGUCUGAUGUAAUGGCUCAAUUUUGUAAACAGGAUGGCUGCUACAGGAGGACACUAGUGAAUUACUUUGGAUUUGAUGAAGUUUUAUACAAAGGAGAAAGGCACAACUGUUGUUCAAAUUGUAGAGGUAGCAGCUAAAUUACUACAUCUAAACCAAUCUCAAAACUACUCAUUGGGACAGAUUUGUUUUUCAAUAAGAUUUAUAAAAAUUG